AUGGCUCGCAACUUCGUGCCUGAUGCAUGGGGUUGGAUCACCACCAUACCCCCAUUCUCCCAAUGGCGGAGCAGCACCAUGUCCCUCUGCAUCUGCGCCACAUCCUCAGCAUCAUCCCAGCCGCCGUCGAUGAGCCUCUCGGCCGUCAAAACGCCUCCCACCCAGCCUUCCUACUUGACCUUCUCCAUCUCUGCAAACUACCGUGAGCCGAUCUCUCUCUGGACUUCAAAACCGGUCCACCUGAAGAUGAAGGUGCAGCCGUCCCUCGACGAGCAGGACGUAGUGCAGCUCUUCGUCGACGUGGUGAACCAGGUGCUGCGAUAUGGACCCGACAACAACAGCAACAACAGCAAACCUCCCUUCCGGUUCCCUGGCGCGCAACACCUCCAUGGCGGCAGCUUCGGCGACGCGUUCAACAUCGCCUUCCUCUCCCUCGCCUUCCUGGUCUGCACCUACGAGGCUCCCCGCGACCUCCGCCGCGGCUGCCUCGACUCGCUGAGGGCCCAGCUGACCGGCCCCAGGUGCAAGGCCGCCGCGAGGACCCUUGUCAGGAUGCUCGGCGCGAACCUCGAGGACCAGUGGAUGCGGACGAUGAACCUUGCAGUGACCAACUGGAUCGUCGAGCUGCGGUCGUCGUCCUCUCGCGCCAUGCCCGGGGCGCUGUUACCGCUGUUCUCGUACGCGCUCCAGGCCAGCGGGCUCUGGAAGGUCCAGCUGUACUGCCCGGUGAUCGCCAUGGGCAUGGAGGAUCCUGGGGCGGCGGCGACGCAGGAUGAGCGCCUUCUCUUCUCGCUCACUUACCAACAGCUUGAAGGUGUGGUCCAGCUCGCCUACAGAACUGCCAGAAAAGAGAAAUGGGUUGAUGUUGAGGUAAAGGUGGAUAACAUAAGGUGUGACGUGGACUCUCUGGUCUCCGAGACCCUCAUGGUGGAGCGAGGAUAUGGUUCUGAAGAAAAACAUUUCCCUUCUCGCGUCAUGCUGCAGAUCACACCAAUGCAGCAAACAGACAUACUAUCUGUCUCCAUCAGCAAGUCCUCCGACAACCCGACCCACGAGUAUGGCUUCGACAAGGGCAUCGAAGCCGCGUUCGACCCCCCGAACUCGUUCGGCCUCAAAGCCUCCGUCGCCGAGAGCCUCACGCUCGCCAUGAAACCCUGGAAGUUUGAGCAGUCUGCGCACGGGAACACCGCCACCCUGAACUGGUUCCUCCACGAUGGCACCAACGGGAGGGAGGUCUGCUCCUCCAAGCCUUCCAAGCUCUCGCUGCUCCAGCCCAGGGCCUGGUUCCGCGACAGGUACUCCAAUGCAUACCGCCCGUUUACGAAGCAGGGCGGCGUCGUCUUCGCCCGGGAUGAGUAUGGAGACAGUGUCAGCUGGAAGGUCUGUGCCGGAGCAUUGGGCAAGACUAUGGACUGGGAUAUCAGGGGAUGGAUUUGGCUGACCUACUGGCCUAACAAGCAGAGGACCUCGCAUAGUGAGACGAGGUUGGUUGAAUUCAGGGAAUGUUUGCAGCUCCCACUUGCAAAGUUUCCGUAGUUUAUCUGUGCUGUUCUGAAUGAUCUGUAUAGUGCUGUGUAUGCAUGUA